GUAAAUGGUCGUACCGCUCUAGAAGCUUGCACCUGCCAGCUUCCCUCUUCCAACGGUGGACCUUUGACAAUGACAAUGGCGAAAGAGGCGCAGACGAAGCUCGCAGAGCUCGAGAAGGAAGACGCUCCUAUCGCGGAGCAACUCGAGCAGGCGGGCCAGUUCGCUGGCAUCGAGUGGCUCGAUUUCCUGCAGACGGCUAUCACGACGCCGGGGGAGGCGAGGACGGGCAAUUUUCACGGCAGGGAGGAGUGGGUGCUGAGAUGGCUGCUGAAGAAGUUGGGGAGUGAGGAGGCUAGACGUUGUCCACAGGCGUGGAGACUGCUGAGGUGUCUCGUGCAGAGGGUGCCGGUGCCGACGGCGGCGAGGUGUUUGAAUGAGCGGAAGGGGGUGGGGAUGUUGAGGUUGGGUUCUGAGGAGGCGGUUGGGAGGAGGAAGAUGGAGAGGAAGGAAGAGGAGGUGCUUAAGGCUGAUAAAUCGGGGUCGAGGAAGAGGAAGAGGGGAGAGGAAGUUGUGACGAAUGGGAAUAUUGAGGAGGAGACUUAUGAUGUUGCGGAGGCGAUGCACGAGGUUCUCGAGCAGAUUGUGGGGCUUGCGACGCCGGAGGAACAACUGGAGGGCGAAGCUUUUGCGGCUGAGUACAUGAAGUCCGUGACCAGGCUUGCUCCUGAGGAAUCGGCGAAGCUGCUUGGGUCAUGGCUCGAGUUGUGUCGGCUUACCCGAGAUAGGGGUGAUGAGGCGCAACUUGCUGCGUGGCUUACUCCAUUCAUCGAGACAUGGAAGGCGCGCAUGGAUGGCGGUGAUGAUAGCCUCCUAUUCUCGACGCACUGUCUGGAGCCGUUGCUAAACCUAUCCUCGUCCCCGGAGCUCCUUCCGCAGUGGCAAACACAGCUUGAGCAGCUUCUGAGCCGCAACAUCAUCCUACCGGCAAGAAACGCCUAUACAGCCUCCAAGACAACGGAUGUCCUCGCAUCGUUCGUCACCAACGCUGUGGCCGCGAGACCCGAUUUGGCGCCCGUCCUUUUCGAAAACGCGAUUCACAGCUUACAACCAAAUAGUACGCAUCGCAGCCGCACCCAGGAUGCCGCAUGGCUACAGGCCCUCUUCAGGGUCCUCUCUGAUGCUUGCCCAACUGACCAAAGGGAGGUCAAGAAUGGAGCUAUUAACAAGAUGAUGAAGAUGUGCUUAGAGCACAAGAUUCCGCUGGACAUUGAUCUUUUGCGGUCUAUUACUUGGGAGUGUGGGCUUCAUAGUGAAGGAACGGAUGAGGAGAUCAUCGCCACAGUGAUCGCUUUGGAUGGCCUCGUCUUCACCAUCCCGAAUGUCGUCGAGAAGGAUCUACUCAAAGAGCUAUUAUCGCGUAUCACCCUCCUGUCAACAACACCAGAGUGGCCUGAUAAGGCAGAUACAUAUGUUGACAAGAUCCUCGUGCCACUGAUGGGCGAUUUCGCCAAGGCUCGUGAUCUGACGGGCUUUAUCAACCAUUGGUACGAACAGCUUGUUGCAUUUGAUUCUAUCAUUUCAGAGCGCCCAUCAAAACAUGAGUUGGGUCAUUUCGGGGCUUGGGAGGAUGAUGCACUCCUCGCAAAGCUGAAGGAAAUCAUGGAGGCUUCUUUGACUUCGGAGCAGAUCAAGUCUGUUCUAGAUGGAAUCCGGGAGAAGACAGGCAGCCCAGGGCCCGCUCUGGUGAUGAUGGAUGCUGUCGCCGGCGCACUUACCCGCGAAGAAACUGUCGGCACUACAGAACUCCCGCUGUGGGCCUUUUCCUGGGCUAUGGCACAUAAGGAUGUCCCAGAACGUUAUAAGCUCCGACAACCGCAAAUCCUGACGCACAUUAUGGACGCGACCUCUCUGACGGCCUUCCAAAAGCAGUGGGGUAGCGAAGCAGACAUGGCCAAUCAUGUAUCUAAUGCACGCAUCAUUGUAACAACGUCCAACUCGCUCGUCGAGCUAUUCAGGAGCGCAGCCUCGCAGCAUACUUUGCUAUCGUUGGUGAACAAGGAAUUGGCCAAUGAAAAGCUUGUUCUGGCUAUGAACGAUGUAACGCAGUCUUUCUUUAAGGAGGAUGCGAUUCCGUGGUUUGCACCCAGCGGGAAGGGGUCGAAGAAGAAGGACGCAGCGAGGCGUUCUAUUGCUAUCAAGCUUCAAACCCCCGAUACUGCAUUCGCCCUUGCCAAGAUCAUCCUCGUCGAUUAUCCGAAGCUCAUCAAGGUUGUCGCGGCUCCGGUUAAAAAUGGGGAACCAGUCCUCCAGACCUUGUUCUGGCUCGCAUCGAUGACGACCCCUUUCAGCGCAGAGAACAGCCCCAAUGGCUGGCUCCGACGCAACAAUGAUGCCUUCCCUGGGCUCUGGCGGACGAUGUUGAAGAACGAUGACAUUCUGGAUGAUCAGGAGUUAAUUGAAAUCAUCAUUGAUAUCAUAUUGAAGAGCGGCACUCAUGAAAGCAAUCCGAUCGAAAGCCGGUCGUCAUGCAACGGCUUCGCGAUCGAAUGCCUAAACAGCCUGCCCAUCGAAGUAUUCAAGAGGAGCAUCAGGGAGCGCGUGCUCAAGGCCUGGCCACCAGCGGCGCCAGAACCAUCACUCAAUGAUACCAAGACAUUAGCUUAUCGAAUGAGCAAUAUUGACGCCGCCGUCAUCAGUCUGAAGAUGAAGAUGAUGGAAAGACCUACCAUUUAUGAGGGGUUCACUUAUAAAGAUCUUGAUUCUAUUUCGCAAGCUAUUUCGGAACUGAGUCCGGGUCCGAGGGCGCCUCUUGAUGCCUUUGCCGAGUAUGCUCGACGAACGCUUGGGCAUAUCGGUGACACCAUUGGCCAAGCCAAAAGUGACACCUUUGUUAGGGACAUGUUGACUGAACUACGUCUCCGUGGCCCUGAUGAUAGCAGCAAGUCCACAAUUGGCUGUGGACGAAUCCAACUGGCUGUAGUCUUCUUAUCUUUCCUCGCCUCAAACGAGUCGAGGGUGCUGAAAGUUGAAGGGGUGACCGCCGAGAAGAUUUCGGAAAUCAAGACAGCGUUCAGAGACGAAUUCGUAUCAAACCUGAGGCGCUUGGUGCAGAAGCCUUCCAAGCUGAAGAGAGAGACAGAUGAGCGCUCCAUGUCGCUUUACAGCACCAUCCGCGCUCUAGAGAACCCGGUAUUGGAGGUGGGCCCGCGCUCGCUACCCCAUCUCUACGACGACGCAACCACUUGCGCAAAGGAUGUGGAAGAGAGGAAUCCGGCUCUUGCGUCCCAGAUCAAGACAUUCUUCAUCACGCACACCGCCGAGCCCUCGAAGGUCGAGGAGUCUGACCUGUUCGACGAAGAUGUCACAACCUCUGCUGGUAGAGUCGCUAUCAUGAGAGCCAUGCAGGCAAAGACCGCAACGAUGGGUGAGAGCGAGAAGCGUGAUCUAGUGGUACGAGGCCUACUCCCCGGUAGCGCACAGAACCUCGACAAGCUGUUAGCCAUACACUACGUGCUCGAGUCGUGCGAAGACCAAUCCCCCCCCUCCACCGCCGCCGACGCCAAAAACUCCCUCUCAACAAUCUACACCUCCCUAACCAAAACCCUCAUCUCCCCCCCAUCCCUCCCCCACCUCUCCCUCCUCACCUCCAUCCUCUCACACACCCUCCGCACAAAACCGCGCUGCAUAACCCAACACGCUAUCGAAAGCACCCUCGCUGCCAUCCCCGCGCACCUCUCGCGCCCCCGAUUCUCACCGGCGCGGACACACACGCACUUAACCUCCCUCCUGGGUGUCCUCCUCACUACGCACCGGUUAUCCGUCACCUCGCGCGCGCCGCUACUUAACCUCGCGCUGCUUGCGCUGCUCGCCCCGCUAUUCACUGCGGAACUCGGCGCCAAGCAUGCGGAGGCUUACACGCGUCUGCUUACCACUAUCGCUGACCCGGCCGCCACAGCGGUGCGCGCGUCCACUGCCACCCCGCUCGUCUCGGCGACGGCGAAGGCUAAGCGCCAAGCUGGCGCGCACCUACCUGUUAUCGUGGGGGCGUAUGUGAAGCUGAGUCUCGAUCCGAGUUCUCGGAUGCAGCUUGCGGUGCGGGAGGAGCUGAAGAGGGGUCUUUGGACGGUGUUUUCGGCUAUGGGUGCGGAGGGACGGAAGGUGUUGGGAGAGGAGAUGGAUAGGAGUGGGAGGGAUGUGCUGAGGGGGUUGAUUGGGGAAUGGGUUCGGUUCGGGAAGUGGAAGGGGAAUUAG